AUGGGCGAAUCUCCCGCAGGAUACUCCACCUACACGAAGCUCAUACGGGACGGCGACGCCGGGUCCGAGAGCGAGGGCGGGGAGCGGCGGCGCGUGUCCAACGGGCGCUUCUUCGACGUGACGGAGCACUGGCUGUCCGACUACGAGCCGGGCGAGUGCGUGCCGACGGGGGAGGACCCGGGCAGCGGCAGCAGGGCGUCGCGGGGCCGCUUCUCGGAGAACUCGCUGUUGCUGCGGCGCGUCGUCAAGAACCAGCGGGCGCCGCAGCUGCAGCUGGAGAUUCAGUCGCCGACGCUGCAGCGGGCGUUCCGCGAGGCGACGAGGGGCAUGGCGCGGUCGACGAGCCUGUCGUACGGGGACCCCGUCGUCAUACAGGCGCCGUACUAUGAGCUGUACUACUUUCGGCCGGAGCUGGAGGCGGCGCUGGCAGCGGCGACGAGGAGGGCGGCGGUGACGGCGGCGGCAGUGGCGGCGGUGAGGUCCGGGACGGAGAAGGAAAAGGGGAAGCGGGAGGGGGGCAAGGAGGAGGAGGAGGACAAGGACAAGGAAAAGGAGGACAAGGACAAGGAAAAGGGAAAGGAAAAGGAGGCGGCAGAGGCGGAGCAUCUUCGACGAGAGCUUCAUCUGUUCCGGGACUUUGAGGCGGCGCACCUGACGCAGACGCUCAAGCUCACGCAGGUCGAGGACCACAUCCGGGAGGGGACGAUGCGCUUCGAGCACCUGUGGUCGCUGUUUAAGCCGGGCGAGAUGCUCGUGCUGCAGACGCAGGCGGUGACGAAGACGGCCACGAAGAUGACGACGACGACGAAGACGAAGACGACGAUGGGGGCGGCGACGAUGACGCGGACGUGCGCGGUGCUGCGCAAGUACUGGACCGACCCGGACAACGGCAAGUGGUUCAUCGAGGUGCAGCGCAUGGCCUUUGACGGGCACCGGUUCGGCCCCGUGUGGGAGCGCUUCUCCUUCCUCAUCUUCCCGGGCGCGGUGCCCAUCGACUCGCUGGGCGCGUACCCGCUGGCCUGCUGCUGCUGCGGCGCGGACGGGGAGGAGGAGGAGGCGGUGCGGGAGGAGCUGAGGGCUCAGGGGCGGGCGUUUGUGAAGCUCUGCCGGGACGCGCAGAGGGCGGGGCGUCGUGGGAGCCGCCGUCGUCGUCGUAGGGGGGGAGGAGUUGGCGUGGUGGUGGAGGAGGAGGAGGAGGGGGAAGAAGAAGAGGAAGAGGAAGAGGAAGAGGAAGAAGAAGAGGCGUGUCUGCGCGAGUAUAGCGGCCCCGUGUGGGUGGCCCACGAGCCGCGGGAUCGCACGGGGACCGGCUUCUUUGACACGCCCGAGGACACGAUACAGGGCCGCGUCCUCGUCGAUCCCAAGGGCUUCUUCGACGAGUAUCCCGGGUUCCGCCCUCACAUUCUCUCCCGCGACAAGUCGCUGCCCCUCGCCCUCCCGCCUCUCUACCGCAACAACAAGACCAACAGCUCGUCGUCCUCCAGCAGCUCCGAUGAUGAACAGGGCCACCACCACGGCGGCGACGACAAGACGGGAGACGGAGACGGAGGAGACCAACGCAUCCAGGGCGUCGACGACUUCUCCGACGACGAGCUCAUCUGCUUCCCCAACAUGAUCCCCGGCUACUCCCUGGCCACCAAGCACGUCGGCUUCUUCGCCGUCGGCGACUUCCGCGCCGUGUCGUGGGAGGAGGACGAGGCGGCCAAGCUGUUUGGCAGCUCGCAAAAGAUGCGCGCCGUGCACCGCGUCAUCUCGGGCUACUCGUCCGACUCGAGCUCCUUUGCCUACUCGAUCGGCGGCAAGGGCAAGGGCUUGGUGUUUUUGUUCUUUGGGCCCUCGGGGACGGGCAAGACUCUUACGGCAGAGUGCGUGGCGGAGAUCCUCCACCGGCCGCUGUACCGCGUCAGUGGCUCCGACCUGGGCUCGCAGCCCGGCGACAUCGAGAAGAAGCUCCUCGCGGCCUUUCAACGCAUCUCGCGCUGGAAGGCGAUUCUUCUCCUCGACGAGGCGGACGCCUUCAUGGCGAAGCGCGGCGACGACAGCUUGGAGAGGAACACCCUGGUAGCGAUCCUCCUACGACUCCUAGAGUACCAGUCCGGCAUCGUCAUCUUGACCACCAACCGGCAGUCUGAGUUCGACCCGGCCUUUAGCUCCCGCAUCCACCUCAACAUCCACUUCCAGGCGCUCACGCCUCCGGAGCGCGAGAUCAUCUGGCGCAGCCACGGCAGCCGCAGCGGUAGCAACAGCAGCAGCAGCAGUAGAAAGAGGGCCACCACGUCCCCCCUGUCGGACGACGACUACGCCGCGCUGAGCCAGCUGGACAUGGACGGGCGGUCCAUCAAGAACGCGUUCCACGUGGCCGAGCUCUACGCGCGCGCCGGCGGAGCGGCGGCGUCGUCGUCAGCGGCACACGCCGGCGAGGGGGAGGUGGUCGUCUCGCUGGCGGAUCUAAAGGAGGUGCUGCAGAUCUCGCAGGGGGACGUCGAGCCCGAGUUGAGGGCGCAGCUCGAGAGGUUUUGCGGGGGCGGGCAUUUUUCCAACAAUGUUGGUGAUCAAGUUGGUUACUAA